UUAUCUUAUCGACCUCGCUUUCGAUAUUAUACACAGAAAGCACAUUACUUGAACUUUUUUAAGUCUGAGAGAGCUUCAUAGUUCAAACUUCAAAGUCAAUUUCGAUAAUGGAGCUUUGCAGAGCUACUACUUUCUCAUGGACUCACACAGUCUCUACCUCUCUUUACAUCCCUCAACCCUCCUCUAUGUGUGAGACUAAGAGAUUCAAGGUUUGGUGUGGCUCUGAUCAACCCCAGAAGAUGACUGUAUCGGUGACUGGAGCCACAGGUUUUGUUGGUAGAAGAUUGGUGCAGAGGCUGCAUGCAGAUAAUCAUUGUAUUCAUGUCCUGACACGCUCAAGAUCCAAGGCUGAGUUAAUUUUUCCGGUCAAGGACUUUCCAGGGAUAGUGAUUGCAGAGGAGCCAGGGUGGAAAGAUUGCAUUCAAGGUUCAAAUGGUGUUGUGAACUUGGCUGGAAUGCCCAUAAGUACACGAUGGUCUUCUGAGAUCAAGAAAGAGAUCAAGCAAAGCCGGAUUAGAGUCACCUCAAAGGUUGUAGAUUUAAUAAAUGAUGCACCAGAUGCAGUUCGGCCUACGGUUUUAGUUAGUGCAACCGCUGUUGGUUAUUAUGGCAGUAGCGAAACAAAAGUAUUUGAUGAAAAGAGCCCAUCAGGAAAUGAUUACUUGUCUGAGGUUUGUAGAGAAUGGGAAUCAACAGCCCUCAGAGUGAAUAAGGAUGUUAGAUUAGCACUUAUUCGCAUUGGUGUUGUUCUUGGUAAAGAUGGUGGUGCUUUAGCUAAAAUGAUCCCUCUCUUCAUGUUAUUUGCUGGUGGACCUUUGGGCUCUGGAAAACAAUGGUUUUCCUGGAUUCAUCUGGAUGACAUAGUAAACCUAAUAUAUGAAGCUCUAUCCAAUCCAUCUUAUAAAGGUGUUAUUAAUGGAACUGCGCCAAACCCAGUUAGAUUAGCUGAAAUGUGUGAGCAUUUGGGAAAAGCCAUGGGCAGGCCCUCAUGGCUGCCUGUACCUGACAUUGCACUCAAAGCAGUCCUAGGAGAAGGUGCUUGUGUGGUUUUGGAAGGGCAGCGGGUACUUCCUGCUAGGGCCAAAGAAUUGGGUUUCCCAUUCAAGUAUCCUUAUGUGAAAGAUGCACUUAAAGCAAUUCUUUCAUAAGAAAGACAACCAGGAUAUUCUUUAUUCUUUGGAUCAGAGGGUAUAAGGAUACAGCAAACAUUAAGAAAUAUGUAGUUAGAAUUUAGCGAUCAGAUCAAGUGAGAUUGAGGUCUGCACUGAAACUGAGUUGGUGUACAAUGCUCUGAAAUCGGUCUUUAUUUUCCCAUCAUAAUGUGUUAGGAAUCCUUGAGCAUAAGUUACUACUGUUUCCAAUUUAUGGUCUCUCAGUAUUUUUGUAUAUCUACCACAUUAGAGCAAGAAUUCUUUCCAAUCCUAUCUAUUUUUCAGAUACACUACCAAUCUGUACUUCUCAUAUGUUUGUAUUUGGCA